AUGUGUGUACGAGUUGGCAGUGAUGGUGCUACAAUUGAAAAUUUGCAAGAACAGCUUCGAGACAAAGAUAAGCAGCUCACAAACCUGAAGGACAGAGUGAAGUCCCUCCAGACAGACUCCAGCAACACAGACACUGCACUGGCUACGCUCGAAGAGGCUCUCUCAGAAAAGGAAAGAAUUAUCGAACGCCUGAAGGAGCAGAGGGAACGAGACGAUCGAGAAAGGCUCGAAGAGGUCGAGUCCUACAAAAAAGAAAACAAAGACUUGAAGGAGAAGGUUAAUGCUCUGCAGGCUGAGCUGACAGAGAAGGAGUCUAGUUUAAUUGACUUGAAAGAACAUGCAUCGUCUUUAGCUUCAUCUGGCCUGAAAAAGGACUCCAAACUCAAAUCCCUGGAGAUUGCCAUAGAGCAAAAGAAAGAAGAGUGUAGUAAGUUGGAAUCACAAUUGCAAAAGCAAGCAGAGCAGUUGUUCAAUCAGAUGUACAAUCCCACGCCAAGUAGGAAUGAUGGGAACUCUGCGUCUCAAAAGGCUCACGAGGCAGAGGAGGCAGCGCGCGUGAACCCCGAGAUUGUCAACAAAGUCAAGCACCUGGAAAAAGAGGUGGCUUACUACAAGGAGGAGUCUGGGAAGUGCCAGGCAGAGGUGGAGAGACUUCUGGACAUCCUCAGGGAAGUGGAGACAGAGAAGAAUGACAAGGACAAGAAGAUAGCAGAGCUGGAGAGACCUGGCCUGGCCUCCAGACAAGUGAAGGAUCAGAACAAGAAAGUGGCCAACCUGAAGCACAACCAGCAGGUGGAGAAGAAGAAGAAUGCCCAGCUCCUGGAGGAGGGCCGGAAACGAGAGGACAACCGGACUGACAACUCCCAGCACCUCCAGGAGUUGGCGUGUGAGCGAGCGGACCGCAUCGAGGAGCUGGAGAAGGCUCUGCGCGAGAGCGUGCACAUCACUGCCGAGAGGGAGAUGGUUUUGGCCAAGGAAGAGGCUGCUCGAUCCGCUGCUGAGAAACAGCUGGAGGAGCUGAUGAACGCCCUGGAAAAGACCAGGCAGGAGCUGGAUGCCACAAAACAGCGCCUGUCCUCAACGCAGCAGUCCCUCGCCGAGAAAGAAGGACAUCUGACCAACCUGAGGCUGGAUCGCAGAAAACAGCUGGAGGAAAUACUGGAAAUGAAGCAAGAGGCGCUGCUGGCUGCAAUCAGUGAAAAAGAUGCAAACAUUGCCUUACUGGAGCUGUCUGCGUCCAAGAAGAAAAAGACUCAGGAAGAAGUUAUGGCACUGAAACGUGAAAAAGACAGGCUGGUACACCAGCUGAAACAGCAGACGCAGAAUCGAAUGAAGCUGAUGGCUGACAACUACGAUGACGACCAUCACCAUCCUCAUCAUCCUCACCCUCAUCACCUUCAUCACCACCCCCAUUCGCACCCCCAUCACCACCCACACCACCGCGGCCCAGCGCGGCCCCCCCACGCCAACCACCGGCCCUCUCCUGACCAGAUGAUCCAGUCACUGUUGGAAAAACACAACCAUGGCAUGAAGCUGAAACUAUACAUUGAUCACUUGACCAGACUUUGCAUAGAACGGGAUCCCCACUUCCUGGAAGGGUCUCCAUCUUUACCAGCCGCUGAGGAAGAGGAUGAUGAGUGCUUGAAGGAGGAACGGGCAAGGAGCUUGACAGUCGAGCAGGUGCAGUACGACAUUCUGAUGGAAGAGCUGGAGAGGGAAGAGACCAGGAACAGGACCCUUCAGCUCCAUACGGACAAUCUCCUGCAGUGCAUCGCGGAUGCAUAUCCUGACAUCCUCGAGCAGGUCAUCAAAACUUUGGAGGAAGAGUCUUGAAGCAGAACUUUUGUCUGACACAUUUGCCUGAACAUUGCCUCCCUCUACCCUCUGGAAUUUCCCUACAAACACAAUUAGGCUUUUUCUUUUGCUUUUUCGGUAUAGAAAUUAGAAUAGAAAAAAUAUUGUUCCUCCAGCUUUUCUAACAAAGUGCCAUACACGUCUAGAGUCACUUGUAUUUGCAUAAAACUGAUGAACUUCUGGAGGAAGUUCUUAGGGGAUUGUUUCAGCUGUUUUUUUUUAAUUAAGGCGGUUUUUAGCAAUACAAAACUGUUACGGUUAGGUGGAAAUAUAUCCUCCGGGUGAGGCAGGCAAUGUGUUGAUGCAAAGGGAGACCUGUGAACUUUCAGUUUCAAUGCAUUGGGCCUUAAUGGAAAUGAGUGGGGAGCCAUGCCGGCUACCGUAGUGUCUCAUGUUACAUCACCUGAGUCACCCGGCUAUCUGGUCUCAGAAAGAGUUCAUAUCAAAUCUAUGCACACCUUGCAACUCCUCCUUAGCCAUGAGGUUAACAUGCAUAGCUUACCUGGUCAAGCACCAAGCCAAGCACCUCCGUCUGAAACAAUCUCCCCCCACCCUGUUUUCGAAACGAAGAAAUGCCUUCAAUGAGCGUCUCUCUUGGCCUCUUCAGUUCCUUAAGAGUUCUCAGCAAUUUCAGGACGCUACUCUUUGUGAUGCUGCUGCCGCAGAGAAGAGAAGAUCACUUGAAAAAGUGUUCAUGCAAAAGAAAACAUGGCUUAACCAUGACAUCAGAAAAAAACAUGAUUGAUGCAUAAUCUGUCUGCAUUUCCAAAUCAUGACUGAUGAAAGGGUUAAUGUGUAUUCAUGCUAUUGUAAGCACAGAUGUCAAUGGUUUACUCCUGUUUCUAUGAAGCAUUUGUGUUUUUAUAGAUCAAAUAAAGAAAGUUUGGGAAGCAUGAUCUCCCAGACCUCAGCAAGUCUCUUUUUCUCUUGCCCAGUUGCCCUUCAAAGCAACAGUUACGUCUUGUACUCUUACCUCAGCUCUGGUCAGGAUGGAAACAGUGUCUAUGAGUUUCUCAAUGCCAUUCUGAGAGAAAAAACUGAGCAGCUCAUCUUUUAGUGACAGUUGACUACUAUUAUCCCUCUGAACAAGGUGGCUCGUGCCUCACAAACUACUUUGUGUCUAUAUUUGACCAAGACCUAUACAGUAUAUAUAUAAAUGAAAAUAGAACUUAAAUUCUUUUUUCAAACUUGCCUGGAAAAAAAGAUAUAACAAAAGAAGUGUAAAAUAGUGUGAUGGUUGAUGCAUCUACCAAAUGCCAGAGAACUCCCCCAGAGAGUUAAAAUUUUAUAAAUUUAUGGAAAUGAUGAUAGCUAAACCAUUACCACAUCCUGUAAGUGUAAAAUAUUCAAAUAGUUAAGUGGUUCAGUCUGGCACGUAGUGCAAAUUUAUUGUAGUUGUAAUACUGAAGUAUCCUCAUGCCCCACUUCAUAUGGGCCUAAAAGGUGUGGCUGAGAAUAUUGUAGAGAUCAUUUUCAAAAGUGUUUUAACAUUGGAUGAACUGAAAUACCUUUGCAUUUAUUAAGAUUUUUUAAAAGCUUGCUGCGUCUUGUCAUGAUGUGGUUUUGAACUUCCAGAGCAUUCCUUGGCUACUGGUGCCAUUUCUUUUUACACUGGAGGCAGCAGUGUACAUACAUAUGAGUGAUGUUCAUUCCCAAGUCAGUCCGUCUCUCAGAGAAGGUCGAGGAACGCUGUCGCCUGAUGUCUUAGAGACAUUUGGAACAGGAAUUGGGAAGUGUCUCCUUCACAAUUCAGAUCAAGGUGUCAAUGGUAUACCACUACUCAGUUUGGCUUGGCUGCAGGUCAAUAUGAGAUUCCCUGUUUUAGUGAAGUGAAACCACAGUUUAAAAUAUUUUGGUUUAUGGGAAACAAUAAAGUAGUGUGGGGAUUAUUUAGCACAGCUGACAACAAUUGCACUUGUGAAUAAGGACAAUUAUCAACUUCUUUAAAGUGAUAGUUUAAAUGUUUCGUUUGACAACACAUUGCCAACUUUCAUUUUGUCCCCAUCUUCCGUUUGCAGUAAGGAAGUGGUUUGUGCUCAUCAUUGAGGAUUGAAUGUAUAAAAACAGCAGAAAGGUAUCUAACGGGUAAGCUAUACCUAGUUGAAUGUAUUUUCUUGAAAUAAUGAACCUCUAGUCUUCAAGUGAAGUGCGGACAAAAGCAGUAUCCUGUGUUCCUCUGUUCUGCUCCUUAAGCAGAGAAGAAAAAGGCUUUUACUUUACACUCAAUAGACUAUGUUUGACUGGUGGGGCAUCCAUAACUCACAGGCAAUUAAGUACAGGCUUUAUUUGCAAAUAGCCUGAGACUAGUAUUGUCAAAGAAAGAUGUUAACAUGCCCAGUAAAAAGGGGUAGGCAAUGCUUUGAUGAAUAAGAAACUUAAACAUUCACUUUAAUGUUGCAUUAAGGGAGGAUACUUUUAGUAGUCCUCAAUCAUCAGGUCCUUAACGUUACUACUGAAUACUUGAAGUAGGAUUUUCCUACCAUGAAAAGCUAAUACAUAGUAGAGAACGUAAAAUAGACAGCAAUGUGCAGAUGUAAGUUCCUUUCUAUGAAAUGUGCCAAUUUCGGAGCAGUUGUUUAAAACUCAUUUUCUCUGUACUGAAUGAUGAUAAUUGAUGGUUUAAAAUGUAGGGUUGACAAUGACAGUGUCCCUCAGGGGGUGAAGGUGACUUGUCCUACCAAAAGGUGAAUAAUUUCUUUUUUUUUGUGUUGAAUUUAUGAAUUUCAGAAGAUCUCCUUUUAGUAUUGUAAAAAAAAACUCUGGGUUAAAUAAACACUGUGACAAAUGGAAACGUUUCGUGUUGAACCACCACAAAAAGUCUAUUUGUUUCCUUCUUUUACUAAUACAAUUUUCAUUCUCUGUAUUUUUUUCUAUAUUUAAAAAAAAAAGAUUGAAUAUUAUUCAUUUGGGGAUUCUGUACUAAUUCUGUCUAUAAUUUUGCUGUACAGUAAUGAUUUUGUAUUUAAUGAAAUGUGCGGAUUCAGUUUGCACGUCGCCACUAAAUGACUUUCAUCUGAAAGUGGGGGUGAUUUCCUUGAUGAGCAGUGUUUUCUGGCGCAGAUCUCAAACAAGUCGACACGAAGUACAUCAGCAAUGUAAUUGUGUGGAGUGGUGUUUGAAUGUGAUGUGCUACAACCAUGGUCUGUGUUUCCUGAUGUUCCCUUUCGACCCUCAGUUGAUAGUGCUUAUUGUCGAAUCUCCUUCCAGUGUGUGGCAUGUUAUGGGUUGUAUUACUGAAUAUAUGGUAAGGUAUCUGACAUGGUACUAAGAAAUCCUCAAGACUUAAACAUGGGCAUGUAAUAGGCAGUUAACUGUAACUCCGUGUCUUGUAGAUGUGUACAUGAAAGGUAUCUAGAAUUCCAAACAUUGUUACUAUAUGUAUCAGAAUAUUUAGUGUUGACUAGCUUGUUUAUAUUCAUUCAAUAAAGGUGACUUACUUUCUGA